UAGCCCCGAACUGUCUGUGUUUCAUCUGCCCCGAUCUGCCCCGAUACCCCCAUGUGCCUCCUCCUGGUCCCCCUGCUCCUGUCUGUGGCCCCCGGUUGGGCGGCCAACAUUGGCCCAGUGUAUGUGGCACAGAAUGGCUCAGUUCUGCUCAGUAUCCCCGGCUAUCCCAAUGCUGAGAGAGACCAGGUGACCUGGAGAGAUGGGAAAGGUAACACAAUGGGGAGAUUCAGGGACUCCUCAUCAUUUCAUCAGAUACCGGGCUGUGAGUGUGAGCUCUUCAGGAACGGCUCCCUGUACCUCAAGCGGCUGGGCACGGUGGGAGAUGAGACCUACACUGUGACUGUGUUUAACCAGCUUGGUGCCCUCAUCACUACUGGCCCCGUCCUAGUGACUGUGAUUGUCCCUGUCUCAGAUCCGGUACUUGAACUCUGGUGUGAGUCGGGGGAGAGAGCGGUGCUGACCUGCAGGGUACAGACUGGGUCGGACCCCUCCUACUCCUGGACCAUCCAUGGGGGGAAUAUGGGGCAUCUGACAGUGAAUGAGGAUAACCUGGUAUUCUCUUUGCCCUUCUCUGUGAGUGCCAGCUGUACAGCCAGGAAUGAUGUGAGUGAGCGCUCUGUGAGGGUGAGUGUGCCCUCUGUCAGCUGCUCAGUUCCUGUAUCGGAUCCGGUUCUGGAGGUUUCCUGCCUACCCAAUGGGUCGGCGCUGGUUUCCUGUAAGGUGGAAAAUGGGACAAGUCCCUUCUACUCCCUGAUCCAUAAUGGGGAGACUCUGCGUGGGAAUUCCAGCUCCCCAUUGGUUAAUGUCCCAGUCCCAUUAUCCCCCCCUGGGAAUAUCAGCUGCUCAGUGAGGAACAGAUUCAGCACCAGGGAAACCAGUGUAUCAGCUGUGCGGUGCCAGGUUGCAGGCGGAGUUGCGGUUGGUCAGAUCCUGUGCAAGUCGGCCCUGUUUGCCCUGUACACGGCGCUGUUGGGCUCGAUGCUCCGGAACCUGCUGAGGAUGAGGAGGGAGGAAGGAGAAGAGACCGUUUAUAUGAAUGAGAUUGGGAACCUGCGGGGCAGACAAUGAGCACCCACUGGCACCCACCCCUCUCCGUAUCCCACCCACUGGCACCCACCCCUCUCCGUAUC